AAUAGCUCUUAGUGAAGUUCAAUCCAAUACAGGGUUACCUUUCGUACCUCUACUCGGUCGCCUAUGGUAGUCAUACCACCAGAGGAGACCUUGUUCUAACAGGUUAUGAGCCCGGUUGCCUAACCCAACGUUAUUGUUUUCAAACACCUACCCGAGUCACGAAGGACUCAGAUUCAAGAAGGAAUCAAAACAUCCACCCAAGUCACGAAGGACUUAGAUUCAAGAAGGAAUCAGAAAAGAAAAGAAGUCGUGUACAACGCGGUUAACACGCAAUCACACUUAAAUACACCGUCUCUACACCCGAGAACCGAUAACGACUGCACCGCCCGCAGAAUAUCACCCGGAUCGCCCGCAUCGCCCGCAUCGCCUGUAUCGCCCGCAUCGCCCGCAUCACCUACACUCUUAGCAUCAUACCACGUACCUUGCUCGCAUAAUAGUCUCACCAACUCAAAACACACAAGAUGGCUGUAGAGAAGGAAGAAUGGAAGAUUCCCCAACUUACAGCUGAAAACCACGAUACUUGGUUCCGCCGAAACAAGGUCAAGCUUAAGGGGAAGAAAGUCUUCUAUGUCUGCGAGAAAAACCUGGUACAGCACUGCCAAAUAGCAAUAGCCGGUGAACUAACGGAGGCUAUGGAAGAGUUGGAAAUUGCUGAAGCAGACAAGCAUACUAAGAUCCGCGUCAACAUUGAAAAAAGAGACAAGUACCUAGAAGAUGAAGCCACUGCAAUCGAUCUCUUGUUUCGGUCGCUUACUGAAGAUGACCAAGCCCUUAUUGACGAAUACGACACUGCCUUCCAGUUCUGGGCCUACCUACAAAAGAAGUACACCCAAACUGACGCCACAACCGCCAACAUUUACAUGACCAGAAUUCAAACGUUCACAUUCAAUCCUGGGAACACAAUUGUUGGAUCAUGGGAAAAGCUAAAGGAAUACCGACGCAAACUCGUAGCAGCAGACGCUGACACCAACGGAGCUUACAAGGACUCUGCACUACUACUCGUUCUUAUUAGAUCACUCCCGAAAGAAUUUAAGACUACGAUUGACACCUUAAACGCCCAACUUAACCUUACGGUUGAACAGAAACUUAAGUUUCUGGAAGAGAAGGAGGUUCGAGACCAGCAAGACGCCGACGAAAAAGCUCUCCCAGCAUUCCGGAAGACGGAGAAGUAUGUUCCGCCUUACAAGCGCCGAAAUCACAAGAGCUCACCACUAUCGUCUGACUCCGAAUCUGGUACUAAGUUUAUGGUCCAAUGCUUCCUUUGUGACGGAGCCCAUGGCGUACGAGACUGUCCAAGACCCGCCUAUUAA